UCCCACAUGGGGGUGGCUGACCUGAAAGCAUCUUAGAAGGAGUUUCAAUCUGACAAACUGAAUCUUGCCGUUGGGAAGGGCUGAGAACGUAUUUAUCUCUCUGUCUCUCCACAAUCCUCUCAAAUCAUACCCCACAUCUCACUACCACACCGCCCACUUUCUCUCUCUCCCCUGUCUGCUAAUGUGUUGUCAUCAUGUUUUUCUUCCUCUGAACCUAAUCUUUUAUCACAACGGGAAUUGGUAGUAAGCUCAUGCCAGCCCUUUAUAAACCCUCUCUUCCCACUCCUCUGGCAGUCCCAGCAAGGUCCAGUGGGACUCCCCUCUUGUUUUGCUCAGGUCUGCCUGAGCUCCAGGGCUGGUGAGAGGUGAGGGUGGGUCCUUCUCCUGUGGGCAAAGGCAGAUCUCAAGGUAUGGGUGUCCAGGUGGAUGGGGAGAGAGAGAGUCUUGGAUGAGAAGACCGUGAGACCAGUCUGUCUGAUAUGGAACAUGAUUGUACAGGCUUUGUAAGACAAGGAGGCUCCCUGGGUGCCUGGGCUGGAUGAGGGCUGCUGCUGAGUUUCCUUAUUACAAAGCCCAACUUUUCUGAUACCUAAAAUCAUUACUCCUUCCAAGGCAGAGCAAGGGUCUACUUGGAAGGGAUGAUGCAUAGUUUGUGCACAGCUAUGUAAUAUUUUUUUGAUAUGGUAAAGCCUUGACUUUCUAGGACCUGGUAAACACUUUCUUCUCCCUGAUUCCCCCACCUGUCCCGAACAUGGUAUUCAAAAUCUGCCUCCUAAGCCAUGAGCUCUGCAACUAACUUCUGCCAGUUGCAUCCAGAGACCCUCUUACUCAGCAAGCACCUAGUUAUUUCAGCCCUAGGGUUUACCAAAAAAAGAAGCUCUUCAAAGCGCAGGCUGUGCGCAGCCGAGGCAGCACUCUCUACCUGAGUCAGCAAGCAGCCUGAGACAACGUGCACGGACUGCUGUGCGCUCGCUCACGCGCUUUCAGAAGAUAUGAUUCCUCCAAGCAGCCUCUCUGUGCUGCCCUGUGAACAGCUUCACUGCUGAGCAAAGCACCCAAGGCAGGAAAGCAGUGAGGUGCUGAGGGAGAAGUGCAGGCUCUGGAGUGGAAGGGAUAUGAGUUUCUGAACCCAGAAGACUGGCACUGCAUCCCAGGACCGUGGAUGCCGCCUGUGAGAUGACAUCUUGACAUCUUCCCAAGUUCCACUGCUGAGCUGUGUUGUGGGGGUGUCUUCUCUCUUUCAGUGUGUCACCAGUACUGAUGAAGCCUUCAUUGCUGCUUCUGUCUCACCUCUGCCUGUUCAGCCUCAUGCCUCCCUCAUGGGCAUUAGACUCGGCGCAAGGUGCCUCCAGCCUCACUUGUUGGUAUGACUCACGGGCAGCUCUCUUCUGUGACUGGGACCCGGGCAGGGAUCUGGUUGAAGCACCCUGCCAGCUGGAGAUUUUAUCAAAGAAUGGCUUUUGUGACAGCUCACUGGAGUUCUUUCCCCCACCUGAAAAACGCAAGAAGCACUGCACAUUACUCAAGGCAGAGAAUAUGACAGGGCUGAGGAGAUGCAACAAAACCUUCAACCAAAACGUUAAUAAUCAGUGCUUCACCAUUUCAGACCGUCUUGACUUGUCUGUCCAUUGCCAAACUGGAGAGAAUGAGAACAAAAUACCUGUGGAAAUAAAAAACUUCAAUCCAUUUGCAAAUAUAAAGCUGAGGCCUCCAGGAAACCUUCAGGUGGCUAACAUAACUGAAAACACCUCCAACCUAACAUGGAGCCUGAAUAUUUCCUCUCACUAUUUGGAGGGGAGACGGGAGUACCAAGUGCGGUACCGACAUGUGAGUCAGUCCUGGGAGGAGGCUGCAAACUUGCCCAUUGAACAGGACCAGAUGUGGACAAAUUUUGAGAGACUCUCACCCAACUCGAAAUACGAGGCAGCUGUCCGUGCAAGGCCGAGUGCCAGAAGCACCUACAAAGGCAUGUGGAGUGACUGGAGCAAGCCGGUCCUGUGGAGGACACACGCUGACCGAACAUCCCAGCCAGUCCUGCCAGUUCUUAUAGUGAGCACUUUCCUCUUCGUGAUCAUUGGGACUGCCUUCCUUAUUAACUUACGGACCCUGAAAUGGUUUAAGAAGAUCCUGAAGAUUCACAUCCCAGACCCUGAGAAGUUCUUUCCCCCACUCGUUUCGGUGCACGACGGUGACAUUCAGAAAUGGCUCUCCUCCCCAUUCUCCACAUCUUCCUACUGCUUGAACAGCACAAUCCCAGAGAUCUCCAUGCUCGAGGUGAUGCAGAAGAAUGACCAGGAAUCCCAGUUUCUACUUUCCAAGGGAACCCUGACUCCUGAUUCUUCUGUAGAAACCAGUGUGCAAUCUGGAUCCAGCUGCUACACCAACCAAGGCUACUUCUUCUUCCACCUUUCCAACUCCUUUGAGAUCCAGCCCUGUCAGGUCUACUUCACCUACGAGCCUUUCACCCAGGAGGGCAGUGGCAGCAAGGAUGGCGAGUGUUACCAGGCUCUCCCCUCCCCAGACCUCUGCACACUGGCAGAGGGCAUGAACGUGUUGCCCAGCAACUUCUUUCACUGUAUUGAGGCAACCCAGGGCUCCCAAAACAGCUCCUUCAUGGAACAGACAGAAUGUGAAGCCCAGCAGGCCAUGGCUGUUCCUGGGGCUCUCCAGUCGAGUGAAGGGACCUCACCAACACCGUUUCUGGAACAGGAUGAGAAGGUGAUGGACAAAGCAGUUUCACAGCCUGUUGGGCCCGUGUGCCAGCUGGACACUGACUUUCCUGACCCACCGGACCUGCAGGACAGCGAUACUGUCACUGUAACGGAGGGGAGUGGGAAGGGGGGUCCUCCAACUGACCCCUGCACACCAGCAGCAAGUGCUACCUCUGCCUUCUCCCAGCCUCCACCUCUAAGGCAAAGGCAGGAUGAGGAUCCAUGCAAAACAGCCUUCUCCAGCCAGGUCCCAAACACUGGUGCCUACCUUUCUCUGAGGGACCUCCAGAGCCAGUACAGCCAUUGCUCUGUCUAGGAUCUGCCUGGAGGAGACCCACAGGUGGGGAAUGCCACCCCUGCAGGGAGGGCUAGACGGACAUGAAUGUAACUUCAGCAUCAAUCCCAUCGGGACUGCUCACUAAUGAGGCUGAGAACACAGGCCAACAAGGACUCACCUUCAUAACUGAACCUGUUUUUCUGUUAUUACUGGCUCCGAUGGCGUAGAAACUCCUCACACUUCUCAAGUGACACUCCAAACCUCACCAUCUCGUUUUUCCCUUCCCAGCUCCCAGUAGGAGACUGUGCCAGCACUUCCAUGCUCUGCAUUUUGGUGUAAAAUAGCACUCAGCUUUGAGGCUGAGCAAGCAUAUGGUCUGUUUGCCUCAUCCUGGCCUAAAAACCUCUAAUGGGAGGGAGAAGUGCCUGAAGAUGCGAUUUUGUACAGGGGACAAUAACACUGCCAGUCAGUGCUGGGGUUGAAGAUGAAAUGGAUGAAGACAUCUCCUCCUGACUGACCAAGGGUGUGAUUUUUUUCUAUGAUGUCCCCACUUUAGGUUUUAAGCAGAGAUUACAUCCUAAGCUACUUGGUCCAGCUUUAGACUUGAGAGUCUAGACCAUAGAGUCUCCAAGGUCGGCUCAGAGUACAACUGUGUCAGCUGUCUAAGCAGUGCAGUGUAAAAAAGAAAUCCCCAUUAUUGGGUUAAAAAUACUGGGGAAAUCCCCUCCCUCUCUUUCUUUCCUCCAGCUCUGAUGGUGGCAGUAAAAAGAACUCAGACAGUUUCCCAUUUUGCUACAAUAUUUUUCAUGAAAUCGAAAGCCUUUCUGCCCUGCUGGCAAGCUACAGUUUUUUGACUAUGAUAAGCUGAUUGCAGAAUAGUUCAUCCCACAUCCUGUAUUAGUGGAAAACAGCACAACGGUGCUGCCUAUUCCUUCCAUUGCUCAAGGGAAACCAUUGCCUAAUUAGCGGCAAAGAUGUGGUGAAUGAGCCCAGAAAAGCAACCCACGAAUCAGCACCUUUACUGAACAGAAAACCUCAAUCCACUUACAAAGAAUGGGGAUAGCACUUCAUUGUUCUUCUUCCUCUACAUGCCCUGAUCUGGGUUGAGGAAAAGCCACAGAAGUGGUAAGACGAAGGAAGACAAGUUGUUCUGGUUACAUCGACCCCUGCAUUGACCAUUUCUACCAUCUGUCCAUUUUUUUGCCAUAUUUCUGGACUUUUCAGCAGUGGGAAAAUACCUUAGCCAUGUGCUAAGAGUUCCUCUUAUCUCCUAAAAACUCUUCUAAGAGAAUUUAUACCAGAAAGCUCAAGGAUAUUGAACUUGUUAGUGCUCCUGUCACAGCUGUGAGUGUCAACUAGAACUAAUUCUUUCCUACCUCUGCCUGUCCAAUCAUGGAGUUUCCUCCUCCUACACUGUUACCUGACCUGGCAGUAUGCAUCCUGAAUAUCAUUAUAAGUCCCAGGUGCAGGGUCACCCUCUGGCUUGGAUUUCACUUCAAAAGAGCUUCUCGGAGGAGUUGAGCCUGCUUGUAGCUGGGAGGGCUCUGGGAACUAUUCUCUCAUCAGUUUCUUCACCACCUGUCUCAAGACAUAGACUGCUCCAUUAUGUCCAGGAGAAAACAGGAGAGGACCCCACAGCUUCCCAGAUAAGGAAGCAUCAGGUUUUUCCAGCUGUUUCCUGUACUUUUAGAAUCUUCCCAUAUGGACUUUGAAAAGAGACACAAACUCCCUUGCCUCUGAUGGGCAGUUUGCUAUCCUACAUGGGCCAAGGAUCCAAGCUGCACUGUCCUCAUGUAGACCUUCUUAAGCUUUUCUAUUUUCCUUCAUAGAAUCACUAAGGUUGGAAAAGACCUUCAAGAUUAUCUAGUCCAAAUUUUGACUGAAUACCACCAUGCCCACUGAACUAUAUUGCAAAGUGCCACAUCUACUUGUUUUCUGAACACUUCAGAUGUGACUCCACCAUUUCCCUGGGGAGCCUAUUCCAAUGUUUAACCACUCUUUCAGUGAAGACAUUUUUCCUGAUAUCCGACUUGGACUUCCCCUGGUGCCAUUUGAAGUCAUUUCCUCUCGAUCUAUCACUUGUUAUCUGGAAGAAGAGACCGACCUCCACCGUGUCACAACUUCCUCUCAGAGAGCUGUAGAGAGCAGUAAGAUCUCCCCUGAGCCUUCUUUUCUCCAGGCUAAACAUCCCCAGCUCCCUCAGCUGCUCCUCACAGGACUUGAGUUCCAGA